CAAAAUGUAAUUUUACCAAAAACUGGAAUUCCAAUAAUUAUGAUUAUAUAAAUUAUAUUUUACAUAAUGAUUUAUCCUUCGUUACGGAGCCUUGUACUCGUGGUCAAUCCGGUCCCUUGCGUGAUUGUGGAUUUCGUGUUCAGAAUAAUACAAUAGAAUGUACUCCAGGUGAAAAUGUCACUUUAGAUUUCUACCUUGGAGGAAGUAAACAAACACCUUCAGUCACUGUACGCAUUUGCGAAUCAUCUCGGGUAUUGGGUAUUUCUACCCAUUGCGAGUAUGUAUAUGCUUUGGCGAUGACAGUUGUUGAAUUGUCUUCAACUAAAUCAAAUCCUGCAAAAGUUACUUUUCAAUGUCCAGUAGCUCGUGAUGAUAUUGAAACUGGUGGUCUUUACUCAAUUUUAGUUGCACCUACUUUUAUUGAAGAUGAGGUU